ACCUUAAGCUUGUAACAGUGUGAUCGGAAACGUUGCAAAGCAUUCCGCCACAAGACGUCGUGGCUUUAACUUACACCGAGUACUAAAUACACAUUUUGCAACACGAACCCUACAUGUUGCAAGAGCGCGACUGCACAGCAGGCUUGGGCGGCGGAAUAAUCUACACGACCUUCCCAGGCUUUGCAGCUAGAGAUACAUCCCAUCAACCAUCCCCCGUUGACCGGACUCCUUCGAAAAUUUUUAUUCGAUCCACAGCUAGCUCAAGUGCUUGGAGAUCACUUGGUUGGCAUCCGCCUCAGCAAGAUCAUGUGCGAUGGCCACGAUGUUUUUGAUCUGGCUCAAGUUAGCAAGUGAGGGGUGAACAGCAGCGCUCUGGUACCCACCCCGCGUCCAUUUAGAGCCAAAGACUACAAUUGUCGAAGGUUGUCGCUCACCACAACAGGUCCUUGCGUCGUACAUGCCCUGGACAGAAUCGUUGACCAGAGAUCUCUGCGAACUCCCUCGAUAAGUUCUCAUAGUCAAUGGUCAAAUGGGUCCGGGCGAGAAUUGCAUCUUCAAACUAGAUACCCCGAUUCAACGUCAAGAAAAAGUCUCCUAAUAUUCCAGCUUCCGGAGGAAGAUGGUCACAAGGGGAUUUUGAGUAUCGUGGUAAGAUGCACGCUGCUCCAUGAACGUAGCAAUCUCAUCCAAGCGAAGCAUGGCAUCAAAAUGUUUGUCGAUCUGGGAUACUGCUUCAUGCUGUUGCUCAAGCGCAUUCGAAUCGCCGUGGUCGACUUGGCGUUUCCAUCAAUUAUGUUGUCGAACGGUACCGUCGGUAUCAGACUCAGGGUGGUUUUCGCCAAUGACAAGAGCAAGGAUGACAUAUUACUCAAUCUAAAGAUACUCCAGACUCCAGCGGGACCACCAAAUAAAGGCUUUCCGAAGGUGUCGAACUGCGCAAUGGAAAUCAUCUUCUGGUACGUUGGCCAAGGUCCCGCAUACAAAAAGUGCUAGCCGACAGAAUACUUCUCUAGUUUGCGAACUAUUCAAGGCGAAAAGUCUACUGGGCAGUUCUUCAGCUUUGCAUCACACGUCGCCCAAGCGAUAGCAUCUGCAUACAGCAUGCAGGAUCUGCGUCCGAAGGAGGUCGAGUGAGAGCAUGCUCGGGCUGUUAAGGCUCAACUAUGGUCUUUGUGUACACGCACUGAAGCCGACAUUGGGUUAAAUAACUUUUCCGCUACCCAUUACAAGAUACACUUCUUUUCACAGACCUUGACGUCAAAUUCGAGAGUGGCCAAUUCAUCGCCUUUGUCAAUCCAUCCGGCUGCGGAAAGACAACCGUGAUAUCUUACUAAAGAGAUUCUACAAC